CCUAUCAAAUUCCACCAACACCCAGAGACCAGAAACUCCAAGAUGACCAAGGGCUCUUCCAACAACUCUGGCUCCGGCUCCGGCUCCGGCUCCGGCUCUGGUGCGGACUCCGGCGGCUAUCAAAUCACCAGCUCUAGCACGAAUAGUCAAGGCAACCACUACUGCCACCGCGACUACGGAACGGGCGCUUCCAACUCCAACUCGUACCACUACUCCAACACGGACGGAAGCUACUACUACAGCAACCCCAACGGCUCCACUUACUACAAUGACGGCGCUGGCAAUUCCCGUUACAACUCUGGCAGGUAGAUUGCGAGACACGACGCGGUCGAACGCCAUUCAACUUUGCUUCUCUCUGGUAUGGGGCUUCAGUCUUAGAGUCCUGUAUCAGCAGACCUACAAGUUGGGUUUCGAUCAUCUAGCGGUGGAGACAUGGCGCGGGCACCAGUUCCCGCAACGGGCUGUCAGGUCUCUUCAUGGAGGUGGAUUCACGGCUUCGAAGAUUAUCAAUGUUACUCAUGAGUCUAAGUUUUGAAGGCACAUAGUAUAAUACAGGACCUCUACUAGUCUUUUUUGUGUCUGAGAACCUGCCAGCGUGCAGUAGUUGCAUUAUACAUAACUAGUUCAGGUACGGAUUCAUAAACCAGACAAGAAACCCACCCGACACAUAUAUCAGUCUACUCCACCACCAAUCCAACUAUCGUCUCCAC